AUGUCCUCCCACUCAAUCCCUCGCAAGCUCUGGGAGCACCCGGAUCCAGACUCGACCAGCAUGGGACAAUUCCGCUGCGCCUGGGAGCACGAGCUGGGGGAAUCAAUGCCAACCUUCCACCACCUCUACGAGAAAUCCGUCACCAAGCGGGCGAAGUUUUGGGACUUCUGCUGGCGAUACUUUCACAUCCUUCACGAAGGCUCCUAUACCUCCGUCGUCGACGAAAGCGCUCGUAUCGAUACUAUGCCGCGCUGGUUCGAGGGUAUCCGACUCAAUUACGCAGAGAACAUGCUCUUUUCGUGGCAGGAUAACACGGCAGGCACGAUCGGGAAAGAAGAUGACAAGGUCGCCGUCACCGAAGUCCGCGAGGGGGGUCAUAAGGAGGCAAGGCAUCUCACCUGGGGAGAGUUACGACAACGGACCGGUCGUUUGACUCAAGCAAUGAAAGCGCAUGGUGUGGUAAAAGGCGACAGGGUCGCGGUCUGUGCCAGCAACAGCAUAGACACGUUGCUCGUGUUUCUGGCCACGACCGCCUUGGGCGGAAUGUUCUCCUCCAGCUCCACCGAUAUGGGCGUCAAAGGCAUUCUCGAUCGCCUGCGCCAGAUCAAGCCUCGCUGGCUGUUCAUGGACGAUCAAGCGUUCUAUAAUGGGAAGUCGAUUGACCUACGCCCGAAGAUGCAGGAAAUCGUGGCCGGGAUGGAAGAUAUUUCCGAGUUCAAGGGCAUCGUAUCCCAGCCUAGGUUUGUCAAACGACCGGCAGAUGUGGCUCAUGUCCCGCGAACAUUAUCACUGGCAGUGUGGGAGGCCCUUGCGGUCGGAGAAACUCUGAUCUUUGAGCAAGUUGACUUCCGAGAUCCCUUCCUCAUCGUCUACUCGUCCGGGACGACCGGCCAGCCCAAAUGCAUCAUGCAUUCCGUCGGUGGAGCCCUCCUCAAUGCCUACAAAGAGACUAUCUUGCACCACGAAAUUGACGCGGAUAGUGUGGGCUUGCAGUAUACCACGACUGGCUGGAUCAUGUACAUGUCGGCCAUCAGCACUCUACUGUUCGGAGCCCGGGCAAUCCUCUACGAUGGGAGUCCCUUCCUUCCUGAAGUUGUGUCAUUGAUCAAAUUGGUCGAACAGGAACGGGUUACGCACUUUGGAAUCUCCCCGCGGUACAUGCUGGAAUUGCAGAGAGCCCACAUCCAGCCCCGACAGAUUGCCGAUUUAUCGUCACUGAAGAUUGUCACGAGCACCGGAAUGGUACUUCCCGAAAACCUGUUUGAGUGGUUCUACGACGCAGGCUUCCCUCCGCAUGUGCGACUCAAUAAUAUUUCCGGUGGCACGGACAUUGCAGGUUGCUUUGGGCUGUCCAACCCACUGCUCCCUGUGUACGCUGGUGGGUGUGCAGGGAUGAGCCUUGGCAUUCCCGUCGAGGUUUAUGACUCUACCAUCGAAGGAGAGAGAGUGAAAGGAAAACCCGUCUCUCACGGUGAAUCUGGAGAUUUGGUAGCUACCGCUGCGUUCCCCAAUGUUCCCGUCGGAUUCUGGGGAGCAGACGCCGCAGAAAAAUAUCAGAACGCGUAUUUCAACCGCUUCGAGGGAGUCUGGACACACGGCGAUUUCGUUUCCAUUCAUCCUGUGACAAAACAGCUGGUCUUUCACGGUCGCGCGGACGGUGUCUUGAAUCCAUCUGGUGUCAGGUUUGGGUCAUCGGAAAUCUACCAAGUCAUCGAGGAGGAGUUUGCAAAAGAGGUAGUCGAUUCCAUCUGCGUUGGUCAGCGGCGACCCUCGGAUAGCGAUGAAAGAGUGAUCUUGUUCCUUCUCAUGAAACCCGGAUUUGGGUUCACGGAAGAGCUGGUUCAGAGAAUCAAGACCGUGAUUCGUCGAAAGCUCAGUCCUCGACAUGUCCCGGCAUUCGUUUUUCCAACCCCGGAGAUCCCGACCACCGUCAAUGGGAAGAAGGUAGAACUCCCUGUCAAGCAGAUUGUCUCUGGAAAGAUUAUCAAACCGUCUGGUACCUUGCUCAAUCCUCAGAGUCUGGAGUAUUAUUAUAGAUUCGCGAAAGACGAAGCGCUUGGUUCAAGGAGCAGCAAGCUCUGAUAGAUCUCAUUCUGAGAGAGGGACGGUACAGGAUAGUUUUGAUCAGGCCGG